AUGGCCGAACAUCCUCGUUCAAGUCCUGGUCCAGGACAACAAAGAGAUCAAAGUCCAUCCCUGUCGCGGAAUCUCGACCGACUAUCUAUGGUCAGAUCAAAUUCUCCAGCCGACCGCAGAAGUACAUCUCGAAUCUCUUCGAGUCCCAUGACAUCGAACUAUCGAUCCACAACUCCCGGUGCUUACGACUCACCAUCAGCUCUGCGUAGAGCUUCCAGUUCAAUGAGCCAAGCAGGAACUCCACCCAGGCGCAAGUCGUCAAUGUCUUCUUUGCGUAGCAUGACCAUGCAAACUUCCCCUGCCAGCUCUCCUCGUCGCGGCGACCGUUCUUCUUCCACUAUCGGAUCCUAUUCUUCACAUGCACUGAUCGAAGAACCUGCGCCGUUGACCGCUGCCCAAGUCGCAUCAGCUUACUUCACCCAGGAGAUGGCUCUACACGAGUCCGAGUUCACAACUGCGCAUGUCGCAGUCAUCCUUCACGAUGCAUGCUACGGACACAGAUUCUCACGGCCAAAGACUUCCAAGGGCAUGCUCAGCAUGAUUGUUGAGAGGCCAGAGCGUGUUCUGGCUGCUGUUCUUGGACUGUCCGCUGCUUAUGUUCGUCUUGGAUCGAGGCAUUCAGGAGGCCAACAUGCUCCUCAUCCAGACAAGCAACCAGAUUCUCGCAUUCCCUUCAAAAUCAGGAAGACUUCGCGCGCAGUGCCACUGACUUCGCCAUUUGUUUCUGCUGUACAUGGAACUGAGUGGAUGAAGGAGCUCGAGACCAUGUGCAAUGUCGCAGGAGAGAGACUGGAACAGCACAUGAAGGAACUGGCUAGACCCGAGGUUUCUGGCUCAACCACCGAAAAGCAACCUUUCCAUGAGGGCGAUUUGUAUCUCUGCUCGGAAUCACUGAAUGCUCUCCAAGGUGCCAUUGGUGGCGUUUGUGAUGCUGUUGAUACAAUUNUUUCCAGCAUACCGACUUCACCAAGACGUGCUUUUGUCGCUAUUCGUCCACCAGGUCAUCAUUGUUCAUCAGAUUUUCCUUCUGGCUUCUGUUGGAUCAACAAUGUUCACAUUGGAAUUGAAUAUGCUGCGCAAACCUAUGGCCUCACACACGCUGUGAUCUUGGAUAUCGAUCUUCACCAUGGUGAUGGAUCACAGGAUAUUACUUGGGACAGAAACGCCAAGAGCGCAAGAAUGAACAAGAACGCUUCUUUCACCAAAAAGACCGCAAUCGGUUAUUACAGCAUGCACGACAUAAAUUCGUAUCCGUGUGAGGACGGAGACAAGGAGAAAGUCACUAAUGCCAGUCUCUGCAUUGACAACAUUCACAACCAGUCCAUCUGGAACGUUCACCUGGAAGCCUGGAGGACUUUGGACGAAUUCUGGGCUCUUUACGAAACAAAGUACUCGAUCCUGUUGGAGAAAGCUCGAACGUUUUUGAAAAGACAUUCGCAGUUGAUCAAGGACUCCCACAAGCAAGCACCGCCUAGAGCUGCCAUCUUCAUCUCUGCCGGAUUUGAUGCCAGUCAGUGGGAAGGUGCUGGUAUGCAGCGCCAUGCGGUCAACGUGCCUACCGAAUUCUAUGCUCGCUUUGCAAAAGACGUGGUCAAGCUAGCUGAAGAAGAGGGAACGGGUGUCAACGGCCGCGUCAUUUCUGUGCUGGAAGGAGGAUACAGUGACCGAGCUCUCUGUAGUGGUGUGCUAAGUCAUAUCUCUGGACUUUGUCAAGAUCCGAGUGCAAGGGCUACAAAUGGAUCGCAAGCAACCCAUGCCGAUGAUGAUAUUGCAAGUGCGAUGCAAAGCAUGAACAUCUCCAGUUCAGCUAACGGCCAUCACACACCUGAGUAUGACCCUAAUUGGUGGGAUGUCAAAAACUUGCAAGCACUAGAGACACAUGUUACGCCUCCUCCGCCACCACCUACCAUGAGAACCCAACGUACAGCUAUGCCAACAUACGCCACACCCACUCAAUCGUUUACUGGAAAGGUGGUCGAUCCACUCAAAUUCCAAAGAUCGAUCUCAGGAACAAUGCGACCAAUGUCUCCCAGACCUGCUGGCCCGAGAGAGCCGCCAGAAGUCAACUGGAUUGUUGCUGUGCAUGAGCUCAGCAAACUUAUCAUUCCUUCGGACCGUCAAACAAGAAGCCAUGUGCCUGAAGACCUUGCUCCAGUAAGAGUGAAGAAGGACAGACUCUCUGCGCCAGUCAUUGUACCAGCAGAACCGAUAGCUGGGNGAAGACAACUCCGUACUAGGAAGCCAAAGGGUGCUGGCACUGGCAGCCCACCAACCGAAACAGACAUGUCAAUCAAGCCUCUCCCAGUCGAUCUUGCUAGGCGCCAGACAAUAUCGGAAUUGCCAACAUCACACGACCUUCAGCCUGUUCCUGAGAAGAUUCAGCAACCCAAGCGGAUGACCAGAAGGACCAGCAACAUGUUCGACUUGAAGCCAGAGGAUGCCAAUGCACCGCCGCCCGUACCCGUCAUGCCUGUACACCUACCACUCUCAAGUCCCAAGAAAGUGCGUGGGAAGGCAUUGAAGUCGGUGCCACCCGAGGAGCAGCCGAUUGUCAAGCAAGAACCCCUGGUGAAGCAGGAACCAGAACCGUUUUUCAAGCUGGAGAAUCGCAUAGCGCGCCCAGAGCCCAAACGUUACCCAUCGGAGCCGUCUGUGCCGACUGCGUUGCCUCUGACCAUCGACUUCACCAAGCCAAUCAACCAUAUUCAGCCUAUGAGACCAGUCGGGAUUAAAAGGAUCCACCUGAAAGUGGGAACACGAGAAGAGCACGAUCGAAAGAUGAAGGAGAUGGAAGAGAAGGUCAAAGCAGAGGCUAGACCGCAAUCCAACGUGCCUGAAGUGUCAAUGCCUUACCAAGCAGCCAAACAAGUUGCGCCCAAGGCCGAACAGGACGUUCUCCAGACCAAUGCGCCGAAGAUAGAAUCGAGUGGUACCCCGGAGAUAGCGGAACAACAUGUCUCACGCAGACAGCCAGCCUCGGCCUCGGAGACUGUACCUUCUGAGUUGACGCAUAGAGAUUCGCCGCUAUAUCUCGACCUGGAGGAGAGCGCAGUGCAGCAGAGUGCUGGUGCUUCUGCCCUACCAAGUCAACCACAAGCUAUUGACCCUCACCAGAUGACAUUGCUUGAUAAUGUAUCAGGUCCACCACACACGGCCAGCUCAUCCGUUUAUCCAGAUGUCCCUCAAUCGCAGGUUCACACGCACCAGCCUGUACCACAACAGCAGCCAGAUCUACCUUCACGACACAACCACCCUUUCUUCAACCCCUCGUACACGCACCCUCAGAACGAUUUACCAACCUUCUCAAGCACAGGAGCAAUUCCCUUCGCACCUCCCCAAUCUAGACCCAGCGGUCUCAAUCCGAUAUCUGGCCACGGGAAUGGAGUGUCGAGAUCGAUGCUUGACGGAUUUCCUACUUUGAGCAAGGUCUUGACACCUGAUGAUGUCGACAUGAUGGAUCUGGAUAGCCCGGAGAAGAGGAGACAUGGGAAUGGCCAGAAGAUCAUACCUGAAACGCCACAGCACUAG